GAUUCGAUUCAUCUUCCGUUCCCAUACUAGACAGACUUGAAGAUAGCCAUGGCUGAACAGGAGCCGCUCGCCAUCGUUGGCCUGGCGUUCCGCCUUCCGGGCGAUGCGGAUACUCCCGAAGCCUUUUGGCGCAUCAUGGAGGAGAGGCGCUGCGUCAUGUCGGAGAUGCCUGAGGAUCGUUUCAAUAUCGACUCUUUUUACAACCCAGAUCCCUUGCGGAAUGACACUUUAUCAUUACGAGGUGCUCAUUUCAUGGGCGGCAAACUCGGCGCAUUUGAUGCCUCGUUCUUUUCCAUUGGUCCUGCCGAGGCAGGUUCCAUGGAUCCUCAGCAGAGAGGGAUGCUGGAAAGCUCCUAUCACGCUUUAGAGAACGCUGGACUUCCUUUAAAAUCCGUCGCGGGCUCCAAAACUGCCGUCUUCACGGCCUCGUUUUCGGAUGAUCAUCGUGUGCAUAGCUUGAAGGACCCUGAACUCUUCUCCUCACACUCAGGAAGCGCUACCUCCUGGUCUAUCCUUGCAAAUCGGCUGAGUUGGUGGUACGACUUCCGAGGUCCCAGUGUACAUGUCGAUACUGCUUGUUCAAGUGGUUUGGUGGCCCUGCAUUUGGCCUGCCAGGCACUCCGCAAUGGGGAAGCCAACAUGGCUUUAGUCGGAGGGUCCAACGUGCUAUCGUCGGUGGAGAUAUUCCUUCUCAUGUCCAAUCUCUCCAUGCUGUCCCCGUCGAGUCGGUCAUAUAGCUUCGACGAUCGAGCUAAUGGGUACGCAAGAGGGGAGGGAUUCGGAUUCGUGGUCGUCAAAAAGCUUUCCGACGCUUUGAAGAACGGCGACACUAUCCGCGCGGUAAUACGCGGGACCGGUAUAAACUCGGACGGCAGGACCCCCAGUUUAACUUCCCCCAACCAAGAUGCUCAGGAAGCACUAAUUAGAGACACUUACCGGGUUGCUGGUCUCGACCCGAAGGAUACGGCCUUUGUAGAAGCCCAUGGGACAGGCACUCCCGUUGGUGAUCCCAUUGAAGCUCGCGCGCUCGGCUCUGUUUUUGGCGCUGCGCGUCCAUCCGGCGAGCCUGUAUAUAUUGGUGCUGUAAAAUCUAAUAUUGGGCAUCUUGAGGGAGGAAGCGGUAUUGCAGGAUUGAUCAAAUCUGUCCUUGCCGUCGAGCGAGCCGUGAUCCCACCCAACACAAACUUCGAGAACGUCAAUCCAAACAUUGAUACCUCUGCAUUGAACAUCACGUUCCCCACAGAGUGUGUGCCGUGGCCAUCCACCGGAAUACGACGAGCUUCGGUGAACUCAUUCGGUUUUGGAGGUACCAACGCCCACGUAGUAAUUGACGAUGCUUGUGGUUAUUUGAAGGCACAUAACCAGAUAGGAUUCCAUCAGUCAGUCGAUACGGAUCUGUUCAUGGGCUUUUCUCCUUCACAACCGAGAUCGGGGGCGUCAACUCCUUUGACUCCGACAAGCUGGGAAGAUCUGGAUCCUAGCUAUUCCACGUCGCUCCCUAAACUUCUCACCUGGUCAGCAUCGGACGAAAAAGGGGUACAGAGGGUUGUGCAGGCUUUUGAGCAUCAUUUUGCCGGCGACUCUGCCGAAAGCUAUGCCUCUUUCUCGUUGGACUCAUUGGCAUAUACCUUGACAGAAAGACGGAGUUUGUUGCAGUCCAAAAGUUUUGCCGUUGUGGACUCACCGUCUGACUUGGCUCGCCUGAGUAAAUUAUCAUCGACCCCUUCAAAAGAACGGAAACCGAGGGGUGUGUGCUUUGUUUUCACCGGCCAAGGCGCUCAGUACAGCCGUAUGGGAAUACGCCUACUACAAUAUCCGGUUUUCCGUCAGAGCGUAGAACAGUUAAACGACUGCCUGAGAGAACUCGGUUGUGAGUGGAAUGUGAUUGAGGAGAUAUCAAAGACCGACGAAAAUACCCGGGUCAAUGAGCCUGAGCUCAGCCAGCCUUUGUGUACUGCUAUUCAAGUCGCUCUCGUAGACCUUCUUGCGUCCUUCGACGUUACCCCACGUAUGGUUGUGGGUCACUCUUCAGGCGAAAUCGGCGCUGCGUAUGCGACAGGAGCUCUCUCAGCUAAGUCUGCCAUAACGGUAGCAUAUCUGCGCGGCAAAGCUGCCGCCGCGCUAUGUGCAGCAGACACUCGAGGCGCCAUGAUGGCUGUUGGCUUGUCCGAGGAUGAGACUAAUGUGUACCUGGAUCGAUAUCGAAGGGAGAAUCCAUUAGCCAAGAUCGUCAUUGCUUGUAACAACAGCCCAACAAGUGUGACGGUCGCUGGUGAUGAUGAGGCUAUCGAGGUUGUCAGAACACAACUGGAAGACGAUGGCAUGUUCGCACGUAAACUUCGCAUCGCGGUCGCAUACCACUCGCCACACGUCGAGCAGGUGUCUCCGCUGUAUCGAUCUCUUCUUGAAGCCACGAUGAUCGAGGGACGACAGUCGAAUUACCAAUGCACUAUGGUCUCCUCCGUCACUAACCAGGUUGUGGAGCAUAGUCAACUGGCUGAUCCAGAAUAUUGGGUCAAGAACUUGGAAUCACCGGUGCGCUUUUGUGAAGCUGUCAGCAAUAUCAUCAAAACGCAUCAUAAUACAAGAACGGAGGGCUCCGCAGCCUACCUGGACCUACUGGAGAUUGGACCCCACUGCGCCUUGAAGGGCCCCAUCAAGAACAUCAUGGCUCAAUGUCUCGAGAAUAGAUUCCUUCGAUAUGACACCGUACUGGAUCGCAGCAUUGAUCCCGCGCAUUCGGUUCUGAGCGCAGUCGGGCGCCUUCACUGUCUAGGUGGGUCCGUCGAUCUCUUAGCCACUAACGGUCUUCAUGGAAUCAACAAGGGUGAAAUCCAGAUGAUCGAUAACUUACCUGCCUACCCAUUCGACCACUCCGUAGCCCAAUGGCACAAGAGCAAAACCUAUAACGCUCUGGCUCAGCGCAAAGUACCUCGCUUGGAUCUUCUCGGCCUUCCCAUGAUCAUUAAUGGUCCUUCCAAGAUGUCCAAGAGAUGGCGCAAAUUCACCCGAACCGCAGAGACGCCAUGGGUGCGUGACCAUGUUGUCAGUGGAGACGUCCUGUACCCAGCUGCUGGCAUGAUAACCAUGGCUAUUGAAGCGGCAAAACAAAGCGCAGAUCCCGGUCGAACAAUCAAGGCGUUUCGUCUUACUGAUGUUCAGAUGAGGCAGGCGCUUCUCGUACCCGAUAACAAAGAGGGCGUGGAAUCUCAAAUUGAACUCACGGCUGUGAAAUCUACUUCCAAGGAUGCUGAAGAGUACUUCUUCAUGCUUUGCACUCUACAGGAUGAUACGUGGGUCGAGAAUUGCACGGGUAGCAUUUGCUUGGAGUACACGGUCGACGGGGAAGAUUUAGGUAUGGAGACAAAAACCGACAGAGCACCCUGCACUCGCGGCGUGCAUUCAACAACACUGUAUGAUUUCUUCGAUUCAAUGGGUUUAGGCUUCGGACCAACCUUCCAGAGCCUCACAUUUGUUGCAACGGGCGACCAGGAAAACGCCAGCUCUACUGUCAGCGCAUACCCGUUCACUGGCAACUCCUCCAGCUCACGCCAGGAACAUGUGAUUCACCCGAUUACCUUGGAUGGCAUCUUUCAAACAAUUCUAGGUGCUCUCGUUCAAGGAGGCAGAAGACGUGCACCUACUGCCGUACCCACCAAAUUGGAAGAACUGUACAUAGAUGGCCAAGGCGCAGCCGCUCCCCAAACCGCAUCCCUACAGGCGUAUGCGCAAGUCUUGGAAAGAAACACGAGAACGACAACUUCCAAUGCUUCCGCGUGGAACAACGAAGGCAAGCUUCUUGUCGUGGUCAACGGUCUACAGACCACUUUUGUCGAUGCAGUCGUCGAAGAUUCAACUGCCAAAGUUGACGAGCAUUUGUGUCACCAGGUCGUCUGGGAUCGCGAUAUCGACUUCCUCAACUACGGUGACGCUACGCCGCAACAUUUACUUCCCGAUCAUCUCCAAAGCUUGGCUUCGAAGCAGGCUCAGAGGGAACACUUUGCUAAUUGUUGCAAGUUCUUUGCGCAUCUUUGCGAAGAGAUUUUAGGUGAUGUCAGGCUUGAAGAUCUUACUCCCUCGCGGCCUUAUCUUCAUAUCUACUACCGAUGGAUGCAGGAGUUUUUAGCAGCUAACCCAACAAGCUCUGAGCUGCUUAUUCCAAGCCUGGAUAGUGCCAUGAUUCUUGACCGGAAGCCACUUUGCCUUUCUGAUAUUAUAGACCCGGAAAGCGACGAUGGUCAGAUGUUUAUGUUAGCCGAAGAAAACAUCCGUGGUAUCCUGUUGGGAACUAUCGAUCCCGUGGAAACUCUGUUCAAAUCGAAAUGGGCUGAGAGUUGCUACCAGAAGAUGAACAAUGACUCAGCAAAGGCUCUAAAACACGUCAUCGAGCUCAUUGCAUUCAAGAAGCCUGGUUUAAAGGUGCUCGAAGUCGGUGCCGGAACUGGGUCAACCACACAGCAUGUAUUGCAGUAUGCCGUCUCACAAGGCUGGGGCGCAGACGGCGCAGAGUUGUCAGCAAUUUCUACCUACGAUUUCACGGAUGUCUCGCCAUCUUUCUUCCCAGCUGCCAAAACAAAGUUUGAAGGCGUUACUGCGACUAUGAACUAUCUCGUGUUCGAUUGCUCCAGAGAUCCAGCAGAACAAGGAUUUGAAGCUGGCAGUUACGAUCUCAUUGUCGCGGCCAACGUGCUCCAUGCAACGGCAAACCUCAACACUACCAUCUCCAACGUUCGGAAACUGCUCAAAAAGAACGGAAAGCUGGUCCUACUAGAGAUUACAGCAAACCAAUGGAUGACACAGAUUCUCUUCGGCACUCUUCCUGGAUGGUGGCUCAGCGAGGACGAUUACCGUACUUCCGGUCCCUGCUUGACCGACAAAGUGUGGAACGAAGUUUUCCAGAAAAACGGAUUCUCGGGAACUGACCUGGUCAUCCACAGCUCCGACGAUCCCGAUUGUCGAGUGUGCAGUGUCAUUGUCGCUACAGCUGUCUCUGGAGAAGACAAACUCGGCAAGUCCGCUCCGGCUGUCUCCAUCGUCAUUGGUGACGAUUGCGAGGAAGUGGUGCUUGCUCAAGAGAUAGCACAAGAACUUCGUCGCGCAGGAUGUGCGGACGUGGUCAUUCUGCCUCUUGGCGAAGCAGGCGUGCGUGAUCUUUCUCAGAGUCUAGUGAUAAGUCUAUUGGAAUACGUUCGACCGUGCUUGAUCUCUUUGAAUGAAGCGAGGUUCUACGCGGUACGGCAGCAUCUGGUCACGGCCAAGAGUGUGCUUUGGGUACAAAACACAUUUAGUGGAUCUCCGGUUGCGCGUCUCAGUGAAGGUCUUUUCCGGGUGCUCAGGUCGGAGAAUCUGGGUAAGAGAUUUGUGUCUUACAGUGUGUCGGCAAAUACGCCGGAAACUAAGAUUGUGCAAAAUGUACUGCGUUUGGUACAGGAUAUUGCUUCGGAAGAAGAAAGCGAUGCCGAUUCGGAGUACCAGGAGAUCGACGGAGAGAUGUCUGUUUGCCGUAUGGUCCCUGCCCCUGCAGUCGAGCAACACAUGGCAUCCGUUGCAGCAACGUCUACCUCUAUUGCAACAGCUUCUAUGGGCACUCUCGACAACGAAAACGCCUGUGUUUUGGAUCCCGAGGCGACCUAUGUUGUUGUAGGUGGUUUUGGUGGUCUGGCCCGCACCAUCUGUGAAUGGAUGGUCAACCGUGGAGCCCGAAACCUUCUCUUAUUGUCACGGUCCGGUCCAACUUCAUCCGCUGCAUAUGACCUGCUUGCCAAACUUGCUACACGAGGCAUUCGUGUCGAGUGUCCGCCUUGCGACAUUUCUGAUGCGACCCAGAUUAGUAAUGUUUUCACUGCGUACGCCUCUCAAAUGCCACCUAUUAGAGGCUGCAUCCAGGGUGCAUUGGUCCUUCAAGACGCACUUUUCGAGACCAUGGCAUUUGAACAAUGGACGGCAACAAUCUCAACGCGAGUCACGGGCACACUGAAUCUACGAGCAGUCCUUCCGCACUCCAUGGACUUCUUCGUUCUGCUCUCUUCCUUGAAUGGCUUGAUGGGCAUGCCCUCGCAAGCCAACUACGCAGCGACAAACACUUACCUCGACGCCUUUGCAGCAUACUACUCCACACCCUACCUCCCUAUCGUUUCUCUCGACCUUGGCUGGAUGGGUUUCGCUGGCACCGUCGCUGAAUCGCAAGAGAUCCAAGGCCGCAUGGCAAGCCUCCAAGCCGUACGCCCCGUCGAAGAAUUCGAAUUCCUCGGCUUCCUAGACUACCACUGCUCCCCCGCCAAUCUCCGCUCCAUUCCUACAGCUCAUCAGCGCCAUAACACUGCCAUUGGCAUUCACGCGCAAAAUCCUAGCCCUCCACGUUCAAACCUCCUCUCCCGCCCAAUCUUCCGCCAUCUCCUCCACUCAGCUUCCCAUCGCGCCUCCCUCCAGUCUCAGCCCACGACUUCCCAAGACGCCUCCGCGCCGCGCUUCAGUGCCUCAACCCUCAUGCGCGCUGCUUCUUCCCCCGAAGAAGCUACCGCCGCUGCCGUCGCCGGUCUGCGCUGGAAAGUCGCAACAGACCUUGAGAUCCCAGAGGACGAUGUUGAUCCCGAGAAGCCAUUGCAUGAGGCCGGUGUGGAUUCUCUCCUCGCGGUGCAGAUCAAAGGUUGGGUGAGGGAGGAACUAAAGAGCGAGGUCAGCGUUUUCGAUGUCAUGGGCUUGAAGAGCCUGAGUGAGAUUGGAGCGCAAAUUGCGGGUGCGAGUAAACUUGUUAGCUUUGCUACUGUUGUAGUGAUGGAUGAGCAGGGUGCUGAGAUUUCAUCGUAA